GAGCAACCGCCCUUCCUCCUCACGCUAGCUGCUUGCUUCUAUAUAACAUCCCCCGACCCCCCACCUCUCAAAAUUUCAGGUCUCUCGCCAUUUCCACCACCUUCUCCCCUCGCUCUCCCUCGCUCACCACCCCUUCUUCAAAUCGCAUCAAGACAUAGGUCCCAUCCGUACGGCUCGAUCCUGUAGCUAGCAACUAGCAAGUGUGUUCGUACGUGGUCGUGGACAGAUAGAUAGACGAUCGUGAUGACAAUUGACCUUGGCCUGGCUGCGUCGGCGGCGUCAUCGUCUUCCGGUGGACGACGCGUCGGCGGCGUGCCGCCGCCGUCGACCCCGUGCACGGCGCUGCCGCCGGGGUUCCGGUUCCACCCGACGGAUGAGGAGCUCAUCCUCCACUACCUCCGCAAGCGCGCCGCCGCGGCGCCGUGCCCGGCCCCCGUCAUCGCCGAGGUCGACAUCUACAAGUUCGACCCAUGGGACCUGCCAGCCAAGGCAGUUUUCGGGGAGGCGGAGUGGUACUUCUUCAGCCCGAGAGACCGCAAGUACCCCAACGGCGUCCGCCCCAACCGCGCCGCCGGCUCCGGCUACUGGAAGGCCACCGGCACCGACAAGCCCAUCACGCUCUCCGCCGCCGGAGCCGGCUCUAGUUCCGACAGCAGCAGCCGCGCCGCCAUGAUCGGCGUCAAGAAGGCGCUCGUCUUCUACAAGGGUCGCCCGCCCAAGGGCAUGAAGACGAGCUGGAUCAUGCACGAGUACCGCCUCGCCGAGGCGCUCAACGCCGCCAACACCUACAGACCCAUCAGGUUCAAGAACUCCUCCAUGAGGCUGGACGACUGGGUGCUGUGCAGGAUCUACAAGAAGACCACACCGCAGCUGGCGUACAUGUCGCCGCCGCACGAGGAGGCGUCGCCGUCCAUGGACGGCGGCGGCGGCGGCGGCUUCGACCUCGGCCUGCAGCCGGACGACUCCGUCUCCGCCGACGACAUCAUGGCGGCCACGUCGUCGUCGUAUGCAAGCCGGCUGCCGCGCCCGGCGUCCAUCUCGGACUACCUCGUCGACUACUCGGCCGUGUCCGAGCUGUUCGAGGCCCUGCCGCCGCCGCCGCCGGAGACGACGACGACGACGGCGGCGCAGACAGGGACAGACGCAGCCACGAGGUUCUACUUCGGUAACGGCGAGCCUAGCACCUCCGUAGCGCAGCAGCAGAGCCCACUCAAGAGGCGAUCGAUGGAGGAGGAUUACACAAACAGUGGCAUGAACAUGCUACACGCGUCGUCGUCCAGCAAGAGGGUGAUGAUGAGUGAUCACCAUCAUGCAUCAUCCAUGGCAGCCAGCAAUGCCUUCUCCGUGUUUGAGCCUGGACAGACUUCUCUGCAGGACAGAAUAUGACGCGCAGCAGCAGCACUCGCUGCUAAAUUAGGGCUAGGAAAGAAUUCUGCUACUGAUUAUUAUUUGAUUAGUAUUGAUCAUCGAUGCGGAAGGAAUUCAACAUUCAUGGAUUACAUAUAUAUAUGUAGUGUACACACUAAAAGUAUAUAUAUUGUAUUGUGUAAACAUAGAUUGAUUAUUAGGGAAAAAGGAAAGUAUAUAUAGUGAUGAUUUCACUGGUUAGAUCUGAUUUUAGAUUAUUGCUAAUGUGUGCAACAACUAGAUAGGUAUAUAGGUUGUAACAUGUAAGAUAGAACACAACUGUUGAAUAAAAUCCCAUGAUAUAUAUAAAACUCUGCUUUCAUUA